AUGGGUAAAAAAUCGCGCGGUGGCGCGAAUGCCGGCAAUCCCGGGAAACGGUCUAGGCCUGAGGACAACAGGGACAGUGCGACAGCCGCGAAGAAGCUACUCGACAACAAUCGGUUCUCCGUUCUGAAGGACGGUUCAGAACCGGUGAUGGAAACAACAGGACCGCCAAAGAAGGACAGAAUGCCGCCCUUCUACGGCGUCCGGUACACCAUCCAGCUGUGCACGGAAGGAUACAAACUGAUGGUUCCAGCAUUGAAAUAUUACAAGGCGGUAAAGACCAUACUGGACCAAUCACAUGUGGAGUACUUCUCCCACGACAUCGAGACUGUUAAGCCGUUAAAGGUGGUCCUGCGCGGACUAAACGGCGUCCUCUUGGAAGAGCUGGUGUCUAAUGGACUGAAGCCGGUCCAAAUUCACAAGAUGGCCCGCCACAACAAGGCCGUCAAGUACCACGACCAGCUAUACCUGGUUCACCUUGAGAAGAACUCAACAACUUUGAUGGACCUCCAGGACAUCCGCGUCCUGGAGGUGUCACAUAGUGGUGAAGUGGGAGCGGUACAAGCCAGUCAGCCGUGGAACUGCCUGCUGUUCGGGCAUGGAACGAAGAAUUUCCAUAUGGUCAGCCGCUGCAUCAAGUGUGGCAAACAACACAAAACCGACGCCUGCAACAUACUCGAUGAAGCCGAUCCCAUUUGCGCCAACUUCGGUGCUGCUCACAAAGCUACAAGCAAGGCCUGCCCGAAGCGCGCCGAGUACAUAGAGAUCCGGAAGAAACAUCGACGAAAAACCAGCCUGGCGCAAGAAUGUGCCAGAAAUGAAUGA